GAAAAUAAGAUUAGAGAAAAAUGAUUUACGAUCGACAAAUAAAAACUUGAAAAUUACUGCGUACUUUGAUUACUUGAAAUAGUUUAUGACAUUGUAGGUGGUUCAUAAAAUUAUACUUACUACCAGUAAAGUCCAAGUUUUAAUAUAAAAUGCUAAGCUGUAAAAUAUGGGUAUUAUUAAAAUUGAAUAAUUAUCGUACAACAUGAAAAUUGCGCUCGUACACAGACAUAAAACCAUUCUUUCAUAUUUUCCGUUAAAUUUCAUUAAAUUGCAGCCUUAAUUAAUUAUAAUAUAAAAUACCAUUUAAAAAUAUAUUCCUUCGCUUUUUUUUAUUGCACAAUUUUUCUUCUAGAAGCUUUUUAAUUAUUCAGUGACAUAGCUCCUGAUAACUAAGUACUAAUCUAUAUUGAUGAAAAAGCGAACAUUUUUUGGAAUUAUCAUUUAAAAUUGUAUUUUAUAUUAUAAGUAAUUGAAUUUUGAGUUUUAAAGCGCUUUUUAGGAGUAACAACUCCAUUUUUUUCGAUUAAUGUCUUUCGUUUAGCCUAGUUGCCACUUUAAUCUUAACAAAUAUUUUUAAGCUAGAUUUUAUCAUUAAAGACGUUAAUCAAGCGUGAAUGUUUAAAUAUGUAUUUACUAGUCUUGAUACAAGUUACAAGUCAAUCAGAAAAUUAAUUCAAGGGCGAAUCCAAUAAAGUUACUACUACUGUAAAAACCAAAAUAAUAAAAAAAUGUCAAACUAAUGGGAUUCUUAGUUCGAUUGGAUCCCUGAGACUCAGGAGCGAACCAGAGAGAGAGAGAACAAAACCGGUUAAGUAAAAAAAAGAAUGAUUAUAACCGGGUAUUUUAUUGACUAAUCGGUAUUUCGUUAUUCCCCACCCAGUGCAACUAUCACCCUAAGUUCUUCAAAAUCCUCCAAGAAACUAAACUAAUAGUAAAUGAUUUAACAAAUUUGUCUCUAAUAUUUUUUCCGUUUGCAGAUGGGAACUGCGUUUGGCAAACUUUCUUAGGGUUUGUUCUAGACAAUGUCUAGAAACUUAAGAAAACUUUGGGACACUAAGGAAAGGGUCCUAAAAGAUUUCGCAAAUGGUUGUCCACUACCGAACAUCAUCGAUGUCAUGGAUAUGUGAACCGCGGUUUUCCUCGAACAAACAUUAUGUGCAUCAUGGAUAUGUUCAGUAGACCUUGUCGUGGUGGCGGGUCUUUUCACUAAAGGACAUCGAAAACAGAAAGCGAUUAGGAACACCUUCGGGGUAAUGCUUCAGCUGAAUCCCACUAACGUCUGGAGAGGGGAAAGGUGACCAGAGACCUGAAGAUGCAGGAGGACAACAAUUUGUCCAGAGUCGACAAAAGGAAGAGGUGGAAGGAAAGGCUUCUAAAAAAGUCCGUAGGCAGGGUGUUAGACAAGUUGUCGAAGUCAAGCCAAAGCAGUAAAGAUAAUAGAUCACCAAGAGCGUCUUUGUCUGGAUGGCAAAUGCCAAAUAUGUUCAUGUGUAUCUUGUCAUUUUUCUAUUGGUUCUAUAGUCAGUCCAGGAAACGCCUUCAACUUAACUAGUCCACAAGUCACCACCGAAUCAACUUCGCUUCUUCUUCGUGUCAGUCCAGCAACCGCGACCAAGUUAACUAGUUGUGUAUUGUCGGUAGCGGGUCAAAAUGUCCAAGCCAAAAUGACCAAUCCAAAAGGUCCAAAGAAUUAAAAUGUCCAAGUGACAAAAUGUCCAUGUAAUUAAAUGUCCGUAGACAAAUUAUCCGAGUAAUUAAUUGUCCAAUGACAAUAUGUCCGCUGUAUUAAAAGUCCAAAAUUGUACAUGCAAAUAACAUUUAAAAUUAUUUUUUAAUUAUAUUUCUAUUAUUUAUUAUUUCAGUUUUGUAAAUUUCUAUCUAACAUCGAAAAUUGAAAUACUUAUUAUAAUAGAAUGACGUGAUAAUUAUACUAAUUGAUAAUUUUGAAUGAAGGAAAGAAAACAAUAGCUGUGAAUCAUAGUAGUUUGAAACAUUAGUCCAUUAUUAAAACUGUAUUUUGAAUUUAGUACUGAAUGAGAUAAAGACUCGCUCGGUCUUUACUUGUGCCUUCAAAAAUUUACUUUUCUGAAAAAUUUAAAUUUUUAUUAAAAUGAUGGAUACUGCUUGUGAAAAUAUUAAUUGUGAAAUUAUAACAAAAGGUAAAACUCGUUACCUGCACGUAAAUGGAUUUUUAUUUACGAAGCAUUCUACUGGUGUUAAUUCAAAAGUGUAUUGGCGGUGCAGGAAGAGACAACAGUGUGGUGCCAAAGCAACAACUAUUGGUACCGGAAACUCAGUUUCAAUUAUCUCAGUAGGAUCAGAUGACUCUCAUUGUCACGCACCCGAUCGAGAGGAGGUAGAUGCUCUUAGACAAGUGAGUAAUUUGAAAAGAGCUGCCGUAGAUCAACCUGAGUGCCCUCCUGCAAGAAUUUUAAGACUAUUACAAAAAAUUCCUCCUGCUACUUUAGCAAAAAUGCCUGAGCGACCUAAUGCUGUAAAACAAAUACAAAGAGAGCGUAUGAAAGAAAUGCCAUCUAACCCUUUGACUGCUCAAGAUCUUAAAGAGAUACCUGAUUUAUAUAGAAACACUAACGAUGGUGAGAACUUCUUACUUUACGAUUCUUACGAAGAUGACUCAUACAGUUUAUCCUGUGGCAGAAUAAUUGUAUUUGCAACUAAAGAAAAUUUAAAAUCGCUUUUUCGUAGUAUAACUUGGUUUGUUGAUGGGACGUUCAAGGUUGUACCGUCAAUAUUUUAUCAGUUGUUUGUCAUAAUGGGCACAAUGAAACAAGUUUCUCGAGGGAUAGAACGAAAUGUAGCGCUUCCACUAGUUUAUGCUUUGCUUGAAAGUAAAUCCGAAGAUGCAUAUGCAAAAAUUUUUGAAAUUGUCAUAUCUAAGGCACAACUUUUAGGAAUCCAAAUUGAAUACCCAGAAACAGUUAUGUCGGACUUCGAACUAGGAAUAAUAAAUGCAGCGGAAGCGAAGAUUGGCAAUGUAGUGCGUUUAUGCUUAUUUCAUUUAUGCCAAAACGUUUAUCGCCGAGUACAAUCCGAAGGACUACAAGAAAUGUACAACAGUAAUAAUGAUGCAAGGAUUCGAGAGGCAAUGAGGACUAUGUGCGCUCUCGCUUUUGUACCUUCUGACGAUGUACCUGAGUUUUUUGAUCUGUUUAUAGAUCAAGCACCACAAGAAUUUGUUUCAGUAGCUGAAUAUUUUGAGAUUACGUAUAUUCGUGGCAAGCCAGCGAGAGGUAGGAGAAGGGCUAUACCUGCACGAUAUGAUCCUGCGCUAUGGAAUCAAUAUAACGCAGUAAUACAAAAAACGGCGCGUACCAAUAACGCUUCAGAAGGAUGGCACAAUAGGCUACAAGUCGUUGUUGGACGAUACCAUCCUAGUCUGUACACGUUUUUAAAGGAAUUAAAGCAGGAACAAGGGGACACGGAGUGUAUGCAAACGCAGCUUAAUCUAGGUCAAAAAAUACGUAAAUUGCAGACGAAUAAGUUUCACACCAUUGAGGAACGAAUUUUAAGUAUUGUGUCGCAAUACCAGCAAUAUGUAGACGACAAUCGGAAAAUUGAUUAUUUAAAGACUCUUGGAUGCCAUUUGCAUUUUUGAAUUUAUUUAAUCUUUUUUAAACUACAUGUACUUAAAUCUUUAAAAUGAAUAUGAAUUUUUAUACAAUUAA